AUGAAUGACGAAACUCCUAGCGUUUCUUCAACACCUUCAACACCUAAAAAGCAAAGAAAAAAACCAUUGAAUUCUAAUACUAUGUCCAAUUUCAUUGUCAAAGAUGUUUCUGUUAAAGACAAACCUAAAUUUGAGAGAUUACAUGCUUUAUCAAAUCAUAUCCUUGAUGCCGAAAGAAAUAACUUCAUAAAAUCACAUGAACAAAAGUUAAGAGAAGAUGUCAAAAAUAUUUUGAAACAAAAUAUUUUUGGUUCAUUAUUUAUUUUAACAACUGGAGAAGUUCAAGUUUGGGAAGCAAUUGACGUUAGUUCAGAGCGAGAGCGGAUGAUCGAUGUUAUCCCUAAAAUUAAGAAAAUGAUCAAUGAUGCUUCGAAUAUAGGGACAAAACUACUGGCAAUAGUUUCUGAUAGUGCACCAGCAUAUUCUGCUGCUAGGUAA